UUUUACAGUUUGUUUUGCAAUUCUCACAGCAGUACAGGCUAAAAUAGUAUUAUUCAAUUCAUAAUAUAGUUGUCAUAGGUUAUGGCAAUGACUUUUGCCUCAAGUCAUCAUGAAAUAAAUAAAGCUGAAAAAAUUAAAGAUGGAUAUAAUAAGAUGCCCGUUAAUGAUUCAUGUAGUCGUCAUAAUGAUGAUACUCUGGAUAUAAAAACAAAUAAGAUGUUUCCUGACAAUGGAAAUACUUGCCCUCCCUGCUUGCCUGUUUCCAAAGGAUGUAUCAAAAAAACUGCACAGACUAGGUUUGUGAACUCGUCACCAAGAAGUUAUAGAUUGAUGCCAGCAUCUGUGGAAUCAUCAGAUAUGACAAGUUUUGUAGAAAAAUCAUCUCAUAGUCAUGUUUUCCCAAGGUUUUUCUUGGAUGUUGCAGAGCUAUGGGAACUCUCUAAACGUAGUGAACUGGAAUGCAAUUUCACAUUGGCAAGAUCGGAGAAAAUUUCAGGUUCAAAUGAAUGUAUAAAUGAAGCAAAACAUAAAAGUCCAAUUUGUCAUUCAUCAAUUAAACCAUGUUUACGCAAAUCAAGAAAAAUACAGUGUUUAGAAGAGGAUAAAGUGGAUUUUACUGAAGAAAUUUCCACUGCCACGUUAGGUCGCAGCUUAGUAGCUGAUUGUAAAAAAUUUUUUGAAAGUCAAGAAUUGAAAGAGUCUCACCCAAUGGGAAUAGCAGGCUUUAUGAAACCAAAUUCAAAAAAUACAAAAGAGUAUUAUCGUCAUAAUGCCUAUAUUCCAAUGAAUAGACAUAAAUUAUUUUGUAAUAUGAAAAGUCAAAACGAUUCUGAAAUUCAAUCACAAUAUGCUUUGACUCCACUUGUUAAACGUUUAUCUGUGUCUGGGCUGGAAGAUAAAGAGAAAAAUAACUCCCGCGAUGGGUUGCUUCAUACCAGGCGAAGAUCUUUUUGUAAUUCAUCUGCGGGAGAUUCAAGUCAAUCACCCACAAAGAGAGCCCAGUCAUCAGGAAAGCGCCCUAGUUCAAGUCCAAAAGUAGAACACAAUGAUGAGCCUUUACAAAAGAAGGCAAAUUGUAUAAAUACAAAUGAUCCAAUAUGAAUGUAUGACUUGAACUUGAAAUCCAGUAUUUUUUGAGUUUUAUAUUAUUAAGGCACUACGGUAAAGAUUCAGUCGUAAAGUUUUGAAAAUUAAGUGUUGGUUUCCAUUCUUUGCAAGUGGCUAAAUUUCCUAAUUGAGCGAAUGUUCAUUUUAUUUUCAAAUUUUCUAGAUGUCAUCAUAAAUACAUUAGACAUUUUGAACUUUUUUUAUCAAAGUAUUUUCAUGGUAAAAAUAAUAAAUGCUUUUACUUUAAAAUGGUGCCUGCGAUUCAUUUAUUGCAACAAUUUACCAUGUAUGUUAAAUCGAAAUAUAUAUUGUAUGCACUGUAUAAUAUUUUUAAUAAACUUAGUUGUUAAUCAAUAUCAAUCAAUGUGCCAGUUACAGUAUAUUUUGAUAUAAAUUAUGGUAUGAAAGAAUAAACCUUAUACUUAUUAAAGGUAGUAGUAUUUUGAAAUAUCAGUCUGUGCUUAUAUUUGAAAAUGCGGUGUUAGGGAAGGCUUCACAUUAUUUUCUGUUUAUUUGUAUAUGGUGCUGCUUAUUUUGUAUUUCUUGUAAUUGCUUAAUGCGCUAAAUUCAUGCCACAUAUUGUUUUUAUAUGCCAUUAUUAUAUUCAUUUUUUUAUUCUGUUAAUUUUAUUCUAUGACUUUGGCUUCGGACUUAAUAUGAUGAUUAUUGAUACAUUUGAUUUAAUUUUAUCUGUUGCUUGUUAUAAAUUAGUAUUCAAACCAUGGUACAGAAUAUUGAUAUAAAGUAUGAGGAUGUUUUGUUGUUGCUUGAUUUUCAUAUUCGAAUGGUUUGAAUCUUUUGGCUUAUUCAUGUAUUUAGCUUAAUACCAAUGCUCUAUUCUUUGAUUUCCAAUUUCCUAAACGUAUUAUUGAAUUCAUUUGCUUUCUUUGUACUGAGACAAAUUUACAAAAUAUAUCUAUUGGGCUUAUGUACUAAUGUCCAAAUAUGAAUAAUUGAUGUUUGAAAUUGUAUGAUUGCAUUUCAACCUAAAGUAUUUUAAUUGUUCCAACAUCAUAUAUCCAAGUUUCAUCUGAAAACAUAAAUUUUGUUUUUAGGAAUAUCCAAAUCUGUCAUAAGCAGUACAGGGAUGUCCAAUGGGUCCAAGACUGAUUGAAUUUUACCUAAUUUAGCGGAUUUUUCAAUUUUGAAAGAAUUGAGAAUAUUGAAUAAAUGUUGAAAUGAGAAUUUAUCAUAACUUUCAAUAGAAUAAAUAUAUUCUAAUUCAGUCUUGAAAUAUAUACGAAGAUGUGUUUGAAUAUUUUAAUUGAAUGGGAUAUAUGCAACAAUGUUUUUUGAGUUUGGUCAACCCUAAUUACAGAUAUUCGAAUUCUAAAACCGUAAAUUUGAUUUGGAAAAGGGGAACCAGUUUAUAGAAAUAGUAUUGGUCUGUUUUCGUUUCGAUAACUUGACUUUAGUGUCCAUCACUUUAUUGCAAAAAAGGAAACCUAUAAUGCUGAUUGCUUUUUCACGACACCGACUCAGUAUUUGUUGUUUUUUAUUUUUUGUGCAUAUUGAACUUAGCUCGAAUAUGUUUACAUUUUGCAUAUUAUACAAUUUGAAAGUACCGAUUGCUUUUAUUUUUUUCAAUCUGAUCAAACAUAGAUUCUUAGGGUCUUGGCAAUUUUUUUUCGAAAAAAUCCAAAUAUGACAUAGCUGAUACCCCAUGUGAAAUAUGGUAUCUAAGGCUUGAGAGUCAUACCAUUAAAGGUGAAAUGGUAUUGGGUAUUGGUAUAUUCUGACCCAUGGUUAUUUAUAUUGUGCAGUUGACCAGAUGGCCACGAAACCCACUUCCCGAACCCCACCAUUUUAGUUAUAACUGAAAUCCAACAUCUAAUAUUGUCUUCAAUAGUUGUCUCACACAUGUUUUGCCCGCAAAAUAUGUAGGCCUAUAUCUUAUUAACCAUUAAGUUUUUAUUCUGCUUUUCAUAUAUUGUUGAUUUUUGUGUAUGCAUUUUAAUAUUCAUUAUCAG